AUGGGUUCUCGUGGCAUCUUGCUCGCUGCACUGGUGGCUCUCCUCUCAGGUAUUCUCUCACGCGCUCUCCAAACUUUGCAACUUCCUUGCUCUCCAAACUUGCAACUACCUUUCCUUGCUCUCCGAACUUGCAUCUCUCCUCUACACUUAUUGCUCUGCCUUUUUCCUUCUUGCCUCUCCUCCCCCUCCCCCCUUCCCCCCUCCUCCAACGCACCAACCUGUGCGCCCGUGGCGGAGGCCAUCCGCCUGCAGGCCUGCCGGUGGGGCCAGGAAAGGGACCCAGCAUGCAACUUCCUUGACACGUGUGCGCUCCGCAACUGCGGCACCAACUCGAGGUGCCCCAAGGACGAGGCGGGCUGGGCCAACUGCGUGUGCCUCAAGGGCUUCCAGCUGCUGCCCAACGCCUCCUGCGCCCAUUCGUGCGCGAUUAUGGUGUGCGACCCCAACUCCUCGUGCGUGAAGGAGGAGGACGGCCUCGCCAUGUGUGUGUGCAAUUGGGGAUUCGCCAUGACGCCCACCGGCUGCGUUGACACGUGUGUGCUCAAGAACCGUGUGAACAGCACGUGCAGCAAGGGUGCUGCUGGCAAUGCAUCCUGUGCUUGCUACCCUGACUUCGCCUUGCAUCCCGAUGGUCACACGUGCAAAGACACCUGCGAGAUUCAGAACUGUGGGGUGAAUGGCCAGUGCGUCAAGGAUGAUACUGGAGUGGCGUCCUGUGUGUGUGAUACGGGCUUUGCGUUGCAGGAGGAUGGCAAGACGUGCAUUGGUGGGUGCUGCAUGUAG